AUGGUUUAUGUGAGAGUCAUGUUUGAACAAUGUCUGCUCCACCUGCUGCCCCAGAACUACUCCACCAGACGCUUCCCCUCCUACGUCACUGCCCAGAUGUUAGGAGCAUGUCUUUUGGUUCCUUUAAUUCCAGUAGUAAGUCCAGGCAACUCGGACACGCUGGCGGAACUCGGCAGAUCGACAAUCUGCAGAGAAGCAAACAGAAACUGGAGAAGGAGAAGACGGAGUUCAGACUGGAGGCCGAUGACCUGGCCUCCAACGUGCAGCAGCUGUCCAUGGACGGAGCUGAUGGUCGAGCAGAAGAAGAGCGACGAUUAUCAGAAAGGAUUCCGUCGCUACGAGAGAAGAGUCAAAGAGCUGACGUACCAGCUUCGAUCCCCGGCUUCCCUCCUGACGGAGGAGGACAGGAAGACUCUGCUCCGGAUGCAGGAGCUGGUGGAGAAGCUCCAGACCAAAGUCAAGAGCUGCAAGAGACAAGCUGAGAACGCUGAGGAGCAGGUGAGCGGCACUGCUGUGCGUUUCAGGAAAGUCCAACACGAGCUGGACCACGCCGAGGAGAGAGCUGACAUCGCCGAGACGACGGUCAACAAGCUGCGCAUUCGAACCCGCGAACAAACCACCAAGGUCUCCGUGAUCACUGAAUGA